GCGGAGGAUGCUUCUGCAUGUUAUUCUUCAGCAUCCUGUCUAUAUCUCAGAGUUGGUUCUCUCGCUGUUUCCAUCGAGAAAGUAAAGGACAACGCGAAGUGAUAUGCUACCUAUAUUGUAUUUUUGUCAAAAACUAAAUUGCAUUUAAUGAAGAAUGGAAUUUCUUAGGAUCAAGUCGAGAAGAGACUGUACUAUCUCUGUCGUUCAGUGAGUAUCUCGCCGUUUCUGAUUGUGCUGCUACCGAAAUGCUUGAAACUGCUGCCUGUUUGGUCGUGCGUAAUACCGGGAUUGCAGUAUAUUGCGAAGCUAGUCUCCUGACAAACAAACAAUGUACCCAUUCAAGCCUGGCUCAGAACUUGUCCGAUGACUGAUUCAUGAUUUAAUUUGCUUUUUGGAUUGUAAGGAGAUCAAUGGAGAGUCCUGCGCGCCCGUGCGCCCUGGUGCCAUUUUAACACUAAUACUGUGUUAAUUUGGGCUUGCAUGUCUGCACUGAAAUUGCCAACUCCAAGACUCAUACAACGUUGAUGCUGGAUAAUUCAGCAACAUUGUUGUAAAAAUGCUGAACAGCGUUUUGUUGCUCAGCGUUUUAACUGUGACCAGUUUCUCCUCGAAGACUGAGAGUCGCAAAACUUCGAAAGACAUUUGUAAGAACCGCUGCUCAUGUGAGGAAAAGGAGAAUAUAUUGAGCAUCAACUGUGAAAACAAAGGAUUUACAACGGUUAGUCUAUUUCAACCCCCACCGAACAAAAUCUGUCAACUCUUUCUCAAUGGAAACUUUCUUUCAAGGCUGAAUCCAAACGAGUUUGUUAGUUAUGGUAAUGUGACAUCACUUCAUCUGGGGAACAACGGGUUACAGGAGAUAAAGACUGGAGCUUUUACUGGACUGAGAUUUUUAAAACGACUUCAUCUCAAUAACAAUAACUUGGAAAUAAUCAAGGAGGACACAUUUGCUGGUUUAGAGAGUUUGGAGUAUUUACAGGCAGAUUAUAAUUACAUCAGCGCCAUUGAAGCAGGUGCAUUCGGCAAAUUGAAUAAACUCAAAGUAUUGAUUCUCAAUGACAACCUCCUGCUCUCUCUUCCCAACAAUGUAUUUCGUUUCGUUAUGUUAACGCAUUUGGAUCUAAGGGGGAACCGGCUUAAGAUGUUGCCUUUUGCUGGCGUGCUGGAGCAUAUAGGUGGCAUUAUGGAGAUCCAACUGGAGGAGAACCCGUGGAACUGCACCUGUGAUCUGAUCCCCCUAAAAGCCUGGCUGGACACCAUAUCAGUCUUUGUAGGGGACAUCGUGUGCGAGACCCCAUUCAGACUGCAUGGCAAGGACAUUACGCAAUUGAUUAAGCAAGAUCUAUGCCCCCGACGCAAUGCUGGUGAUUCCAAUCACCGCGCAAUGCAGCCUCCCUCUGAUUCCCAAUACCACGGCCUUUCUCCCACCCAACACCCCGGUGUCACUCCAACAAAAACCCCAAGGGCCUCCCGUCCCCCUAAAACGAGAAAUCGCCCCACACAAAGGGUAACGUCUAGUAAGGACAAACAAGUUUUCGGGCCUAUAAUGGUUUAUCAGACUAGGUCCCCUGUUCCCAUGACCUGCCCUAGCAUUUGCGUAUGCACCUCUCAGAACCCAGACAGUGGAUUAAAUAUAAACUGCCAGGAGAGGAAAUUGCAUAAUAUAACAGAGCUUACCCCUAAACCGUCCUAUCCAAAGAAAUUGCAUUUAACAGGCAAUUACUUGCAGACCAUAUACAGAACAGACCUUACCGAAUAUAGCUCACUAGAGCUCCUCCACUUAGGAAAUAAUAGAAUAGCUGUCAUUCAGAAUGGGGCCUUUGAAAACCUAGCUAAUCUACGGAGACUUUACCUCAAUGGCAAUUACAUUGAAAGUCUAUCCCAAUCAUUAUUCGCAGGGCUGCAGAGCCUUCAAUACUUAUACCUGGAGUAUAAUGUUAUCAAGGACAUUUUACCACAGACGUUUAACUCCUUACAUAAUCUGCAGCUGCUGUUCCUAAACAACAAUCUACUGAGAUCCCUUCCCGACAAUGUUUUUGGAGGAACUAUGCUGACAAGACUAAACCUGAGAAACAAUCACUUCUCCCACCUGCCCGUGCGCGGUGUGCUCGACCAGCUCUCCGCAUUCAUUCAGAUCGACCUGCAGGAAAACCCAUGGGAUUGCACCUGCGACAUCGUUGCGCUUAAAAACUGGAUGGAGCUAUCCAGCACCAGCGUUGUGGUAAAUGAAAUCACAUGUGAUUCGCCCUCCAAACACGCAGGGCGGCUCCUCAGGUCUCUGCGUAACGAUGCAAUUUGUCCCGAGCCUAACGAGAUCACAAUAACCAAGGCCCCCACCGUCAGACCCAGCACUGACUCCACUCCUCCUUCUGCCAUCACGCCCACAGACGAGCAGGUGCCCGAGAUGCAUGCGGAGGUGCCCCUGUCGGUUCUCAUACUUGGACUGCUCGUGGUUUUCAUUCUGUCGGUCUGCUUCGGGGCUGGUUUGUUCGUAUUUGUCCUGAAACGACGCAAAGGUGCUGAUAGCGUUCCCGCCAGUGCCAAUAAUGUAGAUUUAAACUCCUUCCAGGUACAAUAUGGUUCUUAUAACACAGAACCCACUGCAGAUAAAACAGAGACGCAUGUGUAUAACUACAUCCCUCCCCCAGUUGGUCAGAUGUGUCAGAACCCCAUCUACAUGCAGAAAGAUAGCGAGCAGGUGGCCUACUAUAGGAAUCUAAAGGAACUAAGCUUCAGCACCAUGGACACUAAAACGUCGGAGUUGCCCCCAAGUCCAUAUACCAUAAGCACAGUGGAGUUCAUUGAGAAACAAUCUUGCGGCAAUCGAGAGCCGGAGCUGCUUUAUCAAAACAUUGCAGAGAGGGUUCAGGAGCUUCCGACUGUUGGGGCUCUGAAUUAUAAUUUUUGCACUUUACCGAAAAGACAAUUCAUUCCUCAAUAUGAAACCACUAGACGACACAACCAGGACAGGUUGAAUAAAACGGUUCUCUAUGGGACUCCACGAAAGUAUUAUGCCAAUCAAUCAAAAAAUGAACACCCUGUGCUGCCUGGGAAGCUAAAAACAGAACCAGACUACCUCGAAGUUCUGGAAAAACAAACUGCAAUGAGUCAGUUGUAAGAUAUUGCCCUACUUACUAUCAUCAGUAAUGAUUACAUCGAUUUGUAUCUAUGUACUCCACAAAUUGACGAGUCCAACUCAAUUAAAGCAACAUAAGCGGUUGCUCUCCAUUAUUGUCCAGCUGUAUUGAGUAAACGUAUAUGCAGUUAUACUAUUUUACUGGAGGUUUAAAUUAUUUCUUCUACUUGAAAUAUAGUCUGUAGCAGGUACCGCAAGAACUAUGUAAACUACUGCUUUGUGCAUUUCAUAUUCUAUAUUUUAUUUCGUCUGUGGGAAGCGAUUUCAUUUUAAUAGAAGAACAGAAGUAAAUAAUUAUGAACUUACUUUCCUGUACAUAAUAGCCUAUUGAUGGUGAGUGUGAAACACGUGUACUGGUUCCGUCCACUUGGCAACUCAUUUAUUCCAGAAGUGCCUUUGCACUCCAAGUAUUUUAUCGUUGACAUUUUAUAAGUGCUGUAUUUUAAGAAUCUUUAUGUAAAAUAUAAUUAUUUGUCCAUUAUAUUAAACAUAACUGAAGAGUGUAUGAUAUUUAUGGUAGAGAAUAUGUUUUGAAUAUCUAAGUGUCUUUCAAGAUGUACAAUUUAGAGAAUUGCAUAAUAUUGUAUGAUAUAGAUGAUCAAUACAAUGCGCCAUAAGCGCAAUUAAAUUUUCACUGAA